AUGGCACAUGUGAGAAGCUUCGUCCCGUCUCUCGACGACGUCAGAGAGCUCCUCAACAAGCCCGUCAAGGACGGCGCAAAGAAGCCCACGCUCGUCCCGGUCUAUCGCCAAAUCUCCUCCGACCUCAUCACCCCCUCGGCCGCGUACCUCAAAGUCUCCGCGCACGCCAAGUCCACAUCCUCGGCAUCCUCCACAUAUUCAUUCUUGUUCGAGUCGGCGGCCACCGAGCAGGUCGGCCGGUACAGCUUCGUCGGCGCCAACCCGCGCAAGGUGCUCACCACCGGCCCCGGAUACGGCGAGGAGAAGGAUCCGCUACCGGCGCUUGAGGAGGAGCUGGCGGCCCAUGUCGUUGCGCAUGUGCCAUGUCUGAAGCUGCCUCCCAUGGCGGGAGGAGCGGUCGGAUACGUGGGCUACGACUGCGUGCGAUACUUUGAGCCCAAGACGGCGCGGCCGAUGAAGGAUGUGUUGAAGAUCCCCGAGUCCCUGUUCAUGCUAUACGACACGAUUGUGGCCUUUGACAGGUUCUACGGCAUCAUCAAGGUCAUCAGCUACGUCAAGGUGCCGGAGGAUAGGGAGACGGGUCUGGAGGCAGCAUACGACGAGGCGAAGCGGACCAUCGACGAGCUGAUAAACGUCCUCAACAGCCCCGAGAUCCCGCUGCCGGAGCAGGGCCCCAUCACGCUGGGCCAGGAAUACAAGUCCAACAUUGGUCGCGACGGCUACGAGGCCCACGUCACCAAGUUAAAAGAGCACAUCGUCAGCGGCGACAUCAUCCAGGCAGUGCCCUCGCAGCGCUUUGCCCGGCCGACCAGCCUGCACCCGUUCAACAUCUACCGGCACCUCCGAACCGUCAACCCGUCACCGUACCUGUUCUACAUCGACUGCCAGGACUUCCAGAUCGUCGGCGCAUCCCCCGAGUUGCUGGUCAAGUCGGAAGGCGGCCGGAUCAUCACGCACCCCAUUGCCGGAACCGUCAAGCGAGGCCAAACACCAGAGGAGGACGAGCGCCUGGCCAACGAGCUGCGCAGCUCGCUCAAGGACCGAGCGGAGCACGUCAUGCUCGUCGACCUCGCCCGCAACGACGUCAACCGCGUGGGCGACCCCUUCACCGUCCGCGUGGACCGCCUGAUGGUGGUGGAGAAGUUUAGCCACGUCCAGCACCUCGUUUCCCAGGUCUCGGGCGUCCUGCGGAAGGGCCAGACGCGGUUCGACGCGUUCCGGUCCAUCUUCCCCGCCGGCACCGUCUCCGGCGCGCCAAAGGUGCGGGCGAUGGAGCUCAUUGCCGAGCUGGAGAAGGAGAAGCGCGGCGUGUACGCCGGCGCGGUGGGAUACUUUGGGUACGGUGGAGUGGACGAGAACGGCGAAGAUGUAGAGGGAGCCAUGGAUACUUGCAUUGCUCUGCGGACCAUGAUGGUCAAGGACGGUGUGGCGUAUCUGCAAGCAGGUGGCGGCAUUGUAUUUGAUUCUGACGAAUACGAAGAGUGGCAAGAAACUAUCAACAAGCUGGGCGCCAACAUGCAGUGCAUCACUUCAGCUGAGGAGAUAUACUAUGACCAGCAGCAGCGAAGCGCAAAGAAGGCUUGA